UGACUUGCUAAAAUCCCUAAAGCUUGAGAGCCUCCCGUUGUUGUUCUUCCUUGGGAGGAGGAGCUUCAUCAUCCAUCCAUCUCCAAUGGCGUCUUCUUCUCUGUCUUCCCUUUCCUUAAUUCUCAGCAACCCUCAAGGCUGCUCUCUCUGCUUUAAAGCCUCUACACGACGCACUCUCGCUCUAGCAUUCCUCUCCUCGAAACUAAACCACGCUUCUUCUUCUUCUUCCUCUUCUGCUCUUCUGCCUCCCUGCUAUCGUCUCACACAGAAUUCGAUCAAGAGGAAGAAAGGGUUCUCAUUAGAUCUUUCCAGAAGUUUCUCUGUUUCCCAAACUGCCGGUUCCGGUAAGUUCGAUGGGCCGAGCCUCCACCAAUUCAUCUCCAAAGCUCAAACUUCCCUUACUGCUCCACAAACCGAAUCUGAUUGCGCACCAGACUCAGACAUUUCAUCAUCCUCAAAAGGUAGGAUCUAUCACGAAACAUAUGGAUGUCAGAUGAACAUAAACGACAUGGAGAUAGUCCUCUCCAUCAUGAAAAACUCCGGCUACAAAGAAGUAGUAACCGACCCCGAGGCCGCCGAAGUCAUCUUCAUCAACACUUGUGCUAUCCGAGACAACGCGGAGCAGAGAGUGUGGCAGAGGCUCAACUACUUCUGGUUCCUAAAACGCGAGUGGAAAGCCAACGUCCGCGAAGGGAGAGCGAAGUCUCUCAAACCUCCCAAAGUCGUCGUCUUGGGAUGUAUGGCCGAGAGGCUAAAGGACAAGAUCUUAGACUCUGAUAAAAUGGUUGAUGUGGUGUGUGGUCCUGAUGCUUAUAGAGACCUCCCGAGGUUACUGGAAGAAGUGGACUACGGACAGAAGGGAAUCAACACUCUUCUGUCUCUCGAAGAAACUUACGCAGACAUAACUCCAGUGAGAAUCUCACAGAACGCUAUUACGGCUUUUGUAUCGGUCAUGAGAGGAUGCAACAACAUGUGUGCUUUCUGCAUUGUUCCGUUCACGAGAGGGAGAGAGCGGUCGCGUCCCGUGGAGUCCAUCGUCCGCGAGGUUAAGGAGCUGUGGGAGUCUGGUGUGAAAGAAGUUACUCUCUUAGGACAGAACGUGAACAGCUACAACGAUGACUCGUCUGAUCCUGAGUCCUCGGGAGGGGGUAAGUGGGAGUACAGUGAAGGGUUCUCGAGCAGGUGUAAGGUUAAAAACAUGGGUUUGAGGUUUGCUGAUCUCUUGGACAGACUCUCUUUGGAGUUUCCUGAGAUGAGGUUUAGGUUUACUUCUCCUCAUCCUAAGGAUUACCCGGAUGAUCUGCUGUAUAUGAUGAGAGAUAGGCAUAACAUCUGUAAUCUCAUCCAUCUUCCUGCACAGUCUGGUAAUAGUAGAAUACUUGAGAGGAUGAAGAGAGGAUACACCAGAGAAGCUUACUUGGAUCUUGUUAAGAAGAUUCGGAGUAUUAUACCUGACGUGGCUAUAACCAGCGAUUUCAUAACCGGCUUCUGUGGAGAAACCGAAGAAGAGCACCAAGAAACACUUAGCCUAGUGAGAGCAGUUGGAUACGACAUGGCGUAUAGUGUUGCAUACAGCAUGAGGAGAAAGACGCACGCUCACAGGAACUACACGGACGACGUUCCCGAGGAAGUGAA